AUGGCAUCACCGAUCAAGAACGUCGUCCUCAUCGGGGCCGGAGGCAACCUCGGACCCUACAUCCUGAAGGAGUUCCUCGCCGCACCCGGCCUCAACGUCAACGUCCUCAGCCGUCCGGACUCGAAGUCUACGUUCCCCGCCGACGUCACGGUCCUCAAAUCCGACUACACAGUCCCGUCCCUCACGUCCGCGUUCCGCAGCGCGCACGCCGACGUCGUCGUCUCCCUCGUCGGCACGCCCGGCUUCGGCGCGCAGCAGGCCUUCAUCGACGCCGCCAUCGCGGCCGGGGUGCGGCGCUUCGUGCCGUCCGAGUUCGGGUCGGACACGAGCAACAAGGCCGUCCUGUCGCUCGUGCCCUUCCUCAACGGGAAGCGCGAGGUGGUCGACUACCUCAAGAGCAAGGAGGGCGCGAUAGAGUGGACGGGCGUGGUGACGGGCCCGUUUUUCGACUGGGGACUCAAGGUCGGGUUUCUGGGGUUCGAUGUCGCGGGGAGGAAGGCGAGCGUGUGGGAUGGGGGGGUUGCGAGGUGGGGGACGACGAAUGUGAAGGAUAUCGGGCGGGCGCUGGUGGGGCUGGUGACGAGGGGGGAGGCGUGGGAGAAGAGUGCGAAUAGGUAUGUGUAUGUGGCGGGGUUUGUGGUCACGCAGAAGGAGGUGCUGGCGGCGUUUGAGAAGGUCACGGGGGAGAAGUGGAGCGUGGAGGAGGUGAGCGUGGAGGCGAGGGCGAAGGCGGCGAGGGAGGGGAUCGAGAAGGGGGAUUUCGGGAAGGCGGCGGAUUUGCUUCUCGCGGCGACGUUUGGGAAGGAGGAGUUGGGGACUCUUCCCGAGUUGUGGAACGAGGUGGUGGGCCUGCCGGCGAAGGGGGAUCUGGAACUCACGGUGAAGGAGGUCGUGGAGGGGAAGAGGCCGUGA